AGGCGGCCCCUUUCCCAGCGCGGCCAGAGGGAGGAGAGAACCGGGGCUCGCCGCGAGCCUUCGAGAGCAGCGGCCGCAAAGCAGGCGGCAGCAACGGCUGGCGGGAGCAGCGGCUGCAGUCUCGGGGCCAAUCCGGCGCUCAUCCCUGAGCGCCCUGCGCUAAGGAAAGCUCGGUGGGUCGCGGGAGCCGCAGGACAGGGGUGGACAAAGCAAGAUGGCAGGAAUCUUAGCCUGGUUCUGGAACGAGAGGUUCUGGCUCCCACACAAUGUCACCUGGGCGGACCUGAAGAACACGGAGGAAGCCACCUUCCCGCAGGCUGAGGACCUCUAUCUCGCCUUCCCACUGGCCUUCUGCAUCUUCAUGGUGCGGCUUAUCUUUGAGAGAUUUGUAGCCAAACCAUGUGCCAUCGCCCUCAAUAUUCAGGCCAAUGGACCACAAAUUGCCCAGCCCAAUGCCAUUCUGGAAAAAGUCUUCACUGCGAUUACAAAGCAUCCUGAUGAGAAGAGACUGGAGGGCCUCUCCAAGCAACUGGACUGGGAUGUGCGAAGCAUUCAGCGCUGGUUUCGACAGCGGCGCAAUCAGGAGAAGCCCAGCACCCUGACGAGAUUCUGUGAAAGCAUGUGGAGAUUUUCAUUUUACCUCUACGUAUUUACCUAUGGAGUCCGGUUCCUGAAAAAGACCCCCUGGCUGUGGAAUACAAGGCACUGCUGGUACAACUAUCCCUAUCAGCCACUCACAACUGACCUUCACUACUAUUACAUCCUGGAGCUGUCAUUUUAUUGGUCUUUAAUGUUUUCCCAGUUCACUGAUAUCAAAAGGAAGGACUUUGGCAUCAUGUUCCUGCACCACUUCGUAUCUGUUUUACUGAUUACCUUUUCUUACGUCAAUAAUAUGGCCCGAGUAGGGACCCUGGUCCUUUGUCUUCACGACUCAGCUGAUGCUCUUCUAGAGGCUGCCAAAAUGGCAAAUUAUGCCAAGUUUCAGAAAAUGUGUGACCUCCUGUUUGUUAUGUUUGCCAUGGUUUUUAUCACCACACGACUGGGUAUAUUUCCUCUCUGGGUGUUAAACACCACAUUAUUUGAGAGCUGGGAGAUCGUUGGACCGUACCCUUCCUGGUGGGUUUUUAACCUACUGCUGUUGCUAAUACAAGGGUUGAACUGCUUCUGGUCUUACCUGAUUGUAAAAAUAGCUUGCAAAGCUGUUUCAAAAGGCAAGGCUGGGAAGUGGAACCCUUUACAUGUGUCCAAGGAUGAUCGAAGUGAUAUUGAGUCUAGCUCAGAUGAGGAGGACUUGGAACCUCCGGGGAAGAACCCUCACACCACAACAACUACCAAUGGGACCGGUGGUACCAAUGGGUAUCUCCUGACCGGUCCUUGCUCCAUGGAUGAUUAAUUACUCAAAACUAUACAUCCCGAACAAAGUGAACUGUUUGUUCCUGGAAGUAUUUAAUAAGUUGCAAAUGCAGUUCCUUUCAUGAUAUCUCAGCAACAGAAACAAAAAUUAGGAUUAUCAAAGCAUUUUUGAAUAGUGCACUGCCAUAUGUCCUGUUUGUGAAUGAAGAAGAAAUAUCAUUCUCUAUAUGUAGGCAUGCUAUAUGUAUUUGACACAAGGGAACAGUAUUUGCAUUUGUACUGUCUUAGAAUAUUAUUUAUUUUUUUGUAUUUGUUUGUAAAUCUGUGGACAAAAAAGGGUUUCCUCACUCCUUUUACUCUCCGGGUUCAUGACAGUGAAGGAGAUGCUCCAUCUGCUUCUGCCCCUCUCUCUUGCUGUAGUCCAGUGUGCUGUGAACCUCAGCUUAGUUUGUCACUUAGCACAAGCAAAACCCAGCGCAGAACUCUUGAACCGCUACAAAUAGGUUUGCUUUCUUUGUGUAACUGUGCCCAUUUUGAAGUUUGCCUAUACAGUUGGUGACCAUUCUCCAGUGUAAAGUAUAAAGGAUGAACUAGGUUUUUAAAAUGUCACUCAUCAUGGUCACUGAGCAGUUCAAGUUAAACAGGGUGUUCUUGGGGAACUGUUUUGAAUUUGCAUCAAAUCACUUUGGAAUAUAUUUUAUUUCUUGUGCACGCAGCCAAGAUUUCUUCAUUGAAUGUUGUGGCCAGUUGAGCUUUAGCCUUGUAGUUUACAGUUUUUUUUUUAUUCUCUGUGAUGAGGUGAGGGCUCUGACACUGAAGGAAGAUGUCUCCUUAAGCUCAUGGCUACAAAUAAAGAAAUUACGGUUAAUGUUGGGAAUUUGCUCCACAUUCUAGGAGUAACAAAAGAGAGCACUGAUUUCAACCAGAUUUUGCCACUACCCUUGUGAUUGGCACAGUCUUCUGUUAUAUCAUGAGAAAAGAAGCCAAGUGUAUUUGGGGACAGAAAAAGGAGUCUUUCAAGAGUUGGCAAGGGCCACUUCCAGGGCAAAGCACUUUCUUAACAAACAGCUCUCAAGGAAAAGCCUAUCUGGUAUCAGACUUGAUGUUUUUAUUUUGCCAGGCAAAAUAAAGCCAAUGGAAGAUAACUGGCCCAUUGCUUUUCUCACCCACAAUGACGUUCUUGUUUCUAGAAACUGGGCAGUGUUGCACUCCAAGUCCUUUUCAUUGGCUUCUUUGAAGACUUGUUUAUUUCCAAGAAUUUUGUUCAAAUGGAGGUAUUUCCAGAAAGACAACAGAAAGUCUUUUGGACAAUGGCAAUAUCAGUGAUGAGGAAAAUUACUGAAUUAUAAAUCUCCAUAAACGUCUAUAGCAGUGUUAUUUGUGUAUGGAUUAAAAAAAAAUCAUACACGUCAGCCAAAGAUUUUAUCUCUUUUCUUCUAAAUUUUAAUAAGAGGGAAUAAAAUGGGAUUAUAAAUACUUAUUUUACAAAUGAAAAGACUGUCACCUAAAACAGGAAUCCAAAGCAAAAAUGCAGUAAUAUAAAUGUGAGAAUUGGCACUGUGAAGACAACAGCAAAAUCUAGAGAGAGUGCAUGUCCCAUUGCUUAAGAUCAUUCACAUUUAACUCGAUUUUUUUAAAAACUUAAAUCUUUGUGCCCACAUUUUGCAACUAGUGAAUCAAUAGUUAAAGAAUACUCCCAAAACCUCUCACUAUAACAUUAGAUCUUUCCCUUACGAUAUAGUGUUUGUGGUAUGGUCCAUAGUAAUAAUCAAAGAGGCUUAGAGCUAUGUCUGUUGUUUAUAUAGGAACAGUGAACUCAUUCUGCUUGUGGAGCCUUAUUGUUUUAUUUCAUGAGACAGACAAAUGUCUAGAAGUGUAAUUUGUGGAUGGUGGAGAUUGUGAGGCCAGUCACAGAACACCAGAAGUAUUUAGUCAUCAGAAUAAAGCUCAAAAACAGGCUUAUUUUUUGUGGGGGUAAGGGAGUACCUGAGAUUGAACUCAGGGGCUCUUGACCACUGAGCCACAUCCCCAGCCCUAUUUUCUGUAUUUUAUUUAAAGACAGGGUCUCACUGAGUUACUUAGCACCUCACUUUUGCUGAGACUGACUUUGAACUCAUGAUCCUCCUGUCUCAGCCUCCCCAGCCACUGGGAACAUACAACACUGCACCCAGCUCAAAAGCAGGUUUAUGGGGGGGGGGGGAGCAGGUUUAUAUAAAAAGUGCAUGAUAGCUGAAUUUUGAGAAGGUGGAAGUUUCUCAUCAACCAAGGUAUAAACAUAGUCACCUGACUUUAGUGUCUGGGAAAGUCCUCUGCAAGGGGGAAAUGAACUAGAGAAACACCACAUGUCCCAGUUUAACAAUAUGACAAGAUUCAGCCCAGAGGAAUGAUUUAAAGAUCAUCUUAUAACUUAAAGAUUUAGAAGAGGUGCCUAAGAUGAAGUAAAUUGAUUCCUGUCCUUAGCAAAGGCAGAUCUAAACAAUCUUUUGUUUUUCUCAGAAGUAACUUAUAAGGAUGACUGGGGACACUCAGUUUUACUGGAUGACAACAACUAAACACAGUCUUCUACAUGCCUAUAGAUUUUUUCAUUUCAUACCUUAGGGCAAAGUGUUGUUUUGGCUAAUUAAAAUGGAAUGGGUAGGCUUUUUAUGGUGUAGAAUUAUGUAUCUCUGUCCACUGCUCUCCUAUGUUGGCCUGAUAAGGCUUGAGAGAACACUGCGUGAGGUAUCUUAUCCAACUGUGCCAGGCCAUGGCUUUUGGAGGCGUAUUUUGUAAAUUCAGCUGUAGGUUAGUGAGAGUGUUGUUUCUUGUUCAUUAGCCUGUGGUGAUGUCUCCUUCCUCCUGGUCACAUUCAAACCUUCCCGGGGUACCAAGGAGUAUGUAGAAAGAACUCUAGAAAGAAUAAUAUUUUUAAUCUCCAGUGUAAUAGCUUUUCUAGAUCUCUUAGUAGGGUGAGAAGUAGAAAAUCAAGUAGAAUUUGGCCUUGGGUUAAUAAAUGAUAUAAAAGUCUGUGAUCUAUUGUAUGUAUAUGUAUGUUUCUCCAAAAACUGAUAAAAUAUUUCUCCAAAAUAUCAUCAAUUCAUCUUUGUCCAUAUUUUUGUCAUAGAAAUCAUCUACCAUGUACAAGAGAAGCUUCUCUUCUCCUUUGGUCUUGCUCCCUACACAGCUGAGAGUAGUAGAACCCAUUCAUUCUCUUUGCCACAGGGCUAUAUAUGGUAAAAUACAGGUCAUAGAGUGCCUGUGGUCACACAGAAGCCAAACAUAGUUUAUGUUUCCAAAUUCAGUCCUAUGGAUGUUGAAAGAGUAGAGGAGCAACUAUCAGUAUUGGGGGUUAUUUGAGUGUUCGUUGUAAAAAAAUGCAAAUGAUUGUCACUUGCCCAGGUUUUAUUAAAGUCCUACUCCUGGUGGGCUAUCUAUCAUACAGAUGGUAUCCUGAGCUGCCAUCAGAUAAUGCCACAGUAUCUGAUAAAAAUGAAGGAGGCAGAAAAGGUAGUCAAGAGCAAGAUCAGAUCAAAUCAUCUUUAGUGAAAAUGGCAGGUGAAUCUCAAAAUGUCCAGUUCUGUUGCCAAAUUUUCCACUGACUACAGUCAUGCCCAUAUGGUAACAUUUUGGUCAACGUUGAGCCACAUAUAUGACUGUAAGCCUAUAAGAUUAUAAUAUAGCCUCAGUGUGUAGGCUGUACUAUCUAGGUUUGUGUAACUAUACUCUCUGAUAUAUACAUAAUAUUGAAAUUGCUUACUGACUCGUUUCUUAGAAUGUGUCUCUGUGGUUAAGCAACAUAUGAAUAUGUUUGAUAGAGUUUGAAAUUGAGCAAACUGAAUUCCUUCCUCUUAGAUAGAAAGGAUCUGAAUCUUCCACUUUGUAUUUAAAUAUCAUGUUCCUUGGGCUUAGUAAAAAGUAGGACUUCAUUUCAGCUUCUUGAGUCUUUGCUAAAGAACUCUUCAGAGAGAAAUUUAUGCCUGCUUAUGAUGACCCCAAUCUAUUCAUGAUUUUGUAUUCGUAGUUAAUUUUGUCUCUAUCUUAGAAGCAUUAAUGCCAAAGUUGCCUGAAUAUUUGAGUAUUUCUUAAUUUGACUUAAAAAAAAGUAUACAGAAUAAUUCCAAAGGUGUUAAAAAGGUUCCGUUUAUCAGUCUGUGUGAUGGUGUUUUCAUUAUAUCCAGAGAGAUUUCAAGAAAUCAUUUGGAAAUAAAAGCUUAAAUGUUUUCAUUUCAUUUUGAUAUUUGAGUUUCUUAAGGUUCUAAUAAGCUUGCUAAUUGCCUUGUCUUUGGCUGAUUUCUACUUUGUAAAUACUUAAUAAUAGCCCAGAAAUGUUUCUGACAUCCCAAUAAGGAAAAUAAAAAAAUUUAAAUCAGAUCUAAGUCAACCUGAUGAGAAAGGGAUCAUGUGGCACUCUCAGGUUUAGGUAACUUGUUUAUAAAAAGAAGAUUCAGGGACCCUCAGCUGUUGCCCUGGCCAGCUAGCACACUGGCCACAGGAGGAAUGAUCAUAAGCAGUUCAUUAAUUGCAGUUCUUGAAGAAAAGGCAACAAGAUGUUUUUCUUAAAUAACGAUGUCCCCAGAAUCAGUUGAGGUUUCUCUUGGAAUGAAACUGUGCCAUUCUCAGGUUGCUAUGCAAUAAUUAGCACUAGUUCACCUGCCACCUUUUAGUUCUUCCUAGUGGUAGGCCAGAGAAGGUCCCUGGGAUUUCCUUUGUGUGCACAGCACCUCCCACCCCUAGGGGGUGCUCAGUGGGUGCUGAGAAGCCCUAUCCACUCUGCCAUUUCAGCUCCUCUAAUAAAUACUCAGAGGUAGCAUACCUGAUACUGCUUUUCAUGGAGAAAACUGUAUUGGAGAACAUAAAACAUCACAAAUAUUGUUCAGGAGCUCUGCAGACACCCAAAAGAGAACCUUGGUCUUUUCCAAGUUAUUUCCAACUUAAUUUCAAUCCAAAGCCUUUGAAAGAGAUGCAUCACUAAAUGGGCACACAGGGGAGACCCCAUCAGGUCAAAGAAAUUUUAAAAGUCUCUUCAUCCAGAUGUCUCCCCAAAACUCGAGCACUCUCAGGAUUGCUCAGGAAGUUAGCCUAAAUCUGUAUUGUUUAUCUCAUUCACUCACAUUCCUUUCAACCUUCUGGAACCCUCCCUCCAUGAAAGAAAGCCAGGAGGUUGUCAUUUUUCUGUUUUUGAAUUUUGAAUAGCCUUUGCAUCAGAUGUAUUCCCACACCUCUUCCUCUGCCUGAUCCCAUUUUUCUAGGGAAAAAAAAAAGUAUUGUGCACAUGUGUGCAUGCACCUGUAACACAGGUCCAUGAGAGCUAGGCUUCCUAAGUCAGUUGUGUAGCCUGAAAAUCAGGGAACAACAGCUGAUAGUGUGGUUUCUUUGGCUGGUGAAAAUUAGAUUUCAUUCCUUUUUGUGUGUGGUGUGCAUAUGUCCUUUUUAUCUGCAGUAAUUGUUUUAAACUGUCAUUGUAAACCUGCCCUUAAAAAGUUAAGGAUUUUCAAGAUGAGCUGGAAAAAAAAAAAAAGCUCUAUAUUAGGAGCAAUUAUGUGAUGAUUCUGAAACUUCAUCUUAGAGCUUCAUUAAUUUAAACAUAGGAAACAUUCUCAAGUUUGACACAAAGUUUCCUAAAGUCCCUCAGAGCCUUGCUUGAGAUUGUUAUCAGCUCUGUCCACAUAAUUGUCAUUUACCUCCAUAACCAUUCAUGUCAUGGAAGGGGGUGGUGGUUAGUUUUUGGAUUUGAUUUUUUUUCGAUUUUCAGUGAGAAAUAGAAUAAGUAACAAAAAUCUUUCUUGUUUUCUUAAGACAAUUCAGUGCUUGAGCAUCUCUGUCAGAAAUGAAAUGAUGUACUGUUAGCCAAUUAGAAUUAUUUCAUGUAUUGUUAUUGUGUUUUGCUGAUUUUUAUAUGAAAAUAUAAUUAUUCAUUCUUAAUAUCUGGAAACAAUCAUUAUUAUGAGAAUCAUUUUACGUUGGAAACACUUUCAUAAUAAAGAUAAGUCUCAAGAGUUCA